AUGCCGACCUUUUCGUCCUCGUGAGCUACACGAGCAUGGUUUGGUUCGAGUACACGACGAAUCCCCGCAUGAGAACGGCCGUGCAGGAGAUAGGAAGUGCCAUGGACGCAAUCGCAUACUCCCAGAACACGCCCAGGCCUCUCAGGGAGAGAUACGCCCAGGCGAAGGAGUACGUUAGAGCUAAAAUGCCUGUAAAGCUCGCGGCUGGAUGCUCAAAGGUCCAUGGGAGCUAG